AUGGCAAAUAAUAAUAAUAUAGAAGAACUACGGUGGAAAUUAUUAGAUAAAGAACGAUUUCAAUCAUUUUUUGAUUCUGAUGGUCGACUUGUGAAAGAACAUGAAUUUAGAAAAGCAGUUUUCAAAGGUGGUAUAAAUAAUGAUCUUCGACAACAAGCAUGGAAAUAUCUAUUUGGUUUCUAUCCACCCCUUCUCUCAAAGAUAGAACAAGAAACAAUUGAUGUUGAACGUAAAUUACGAUAUGAUUUUAUGUGUGAAAGAUGUCAACAAGAAAUGUCAGAAGAACUUCGUUCACAACUACCACAUUUAUCAUCAAACAAAUCAAAAGAACCACUUAGUCCAAAUCAAAUUUUCUUUUCUAUUCAACAACGUAUUGAAGCCUAUAAACCGAAAUUUGAUUGGUCUGAUAUGGACUAUCAUGUACGACUUAUUGCUAAAGAUUUACAUCGAACUGAUUUUAUAUCAUCAGAAAAAAAACCAGAUAAUUAUAAUUAUGGACCACUUACACGUUUACUCGUAACAUUUGCAUGUUAUAAUCCAACAAUUGGUUAUUCACAAGGAAUGAAUGAUAUGGCUUAUAGUUUUCUUCAUGUAUUUACUUAUAAUGAACAUGAAGCUUAUUUUUGUUUUGCUUAUUAUAUAAUUCAAGCAGGUGAACAUUUUACAAAAACAGGUAUAGCUUUAAAAAUACAGCAAUUACCAAAACUUGUUGAAAUUGUUGAUCAAUUAUUAUAUGAUCAAAUAGUAUCACUUAAUGUUGAAUUAUGGACAUUUUGUCAUCGAUGGCUAUUUUUAUGUUUUCGUCGUGAAUUUUCUGAAGAAGAAGAUACAUUAAUAUGUUUUGAAGUUGUAUGUAGUCAUUUUCUUGAAGAAAAUUCUUUAGCUGCUGAACGUUUAUUAUAUGAUAUACAAUUAAAACGAGCUGAACAAAUAGGUACUAGUAGUUAUUCAUCAAUAUCAACAGAAAUAAAUUCUAAACAGCAUAAAGAAGAUGCAUAUUCAUUUGAUUUAUUUGUUUGUAUUGCAAUGAUAUCAUUACUCCGUUCAUGUUUAUUUGAUGCUCGUGAUGAACUUGAAGCACUUGAAGCAAUUCAACAACGUCAAAAAACACUUGAUGUGCGACAAGUUUUAUCAUUAGCUGAACAACUUUUCAAAAUAUAUUAUCAACAAAUAGCGACAAUGUCAUCUCCAUCAUCGAUUGAAUCAACAUCACUUGAAAUUAUUGAUUAG